UAAUGGCAUAACUGUAAAUACCUCACUAAACCAUGUCCAAUUUCGCUUCCUCAUUGUAUUUAGUCCACUUUUUCUUUCACACUUUCUCUUUCUUCCUUCACUUCAUUCUUCAAACAUUUUCUAUGCUUCUUCUCGCACAAAAAUUUCACACACUUUUCCGACCAGUUUUCCGAUCAACAUUUUCCGUUAACAUAUCUCCGGAGAGGUAACAACUUCACGCACUUAGAUCUGAUCAGAUCAUAACCAACACAAAUCAAACCAAAAUUUCACCGUUUGUUUCUGUGAAUUUCUUACAAAUUCAACUCCUCCAAACGCCGUCGUUUUAUACUCAAUCUUCAUCGUUUCUUGAAUCCGUUGUUCUUCUCCGUUUCAAACCGAUUCAAACGUUCGAAGAGCUUAUAGCUUAUCGUUAUUUCACUACUAUACUGAAACCGUGAAAUGAUAUCAUUUUGAAGCAAUUUUCAUCGGAAAUUCGAUCUCGGAACUUCUAGAUUAUUACGCGGUUGAUUUAACCAAACUUCUGAUCAAUUUUUUCUUCACCGGAGUUUCUGUAUUUUUUCUUCGUCGGCGGCGAGAUUUUUUUUCCGGCGAAGACGAUGACGUCGGGGACGAGACAACCAACAUGGAAGGAGAGAGAAAACAACAAGAGGAGAGAGAGAAGAAGACGAGCUAUAGCGGCGAAGAUCUUCUCCGGUUUGAGAAUGUACGGUAACUACAAGCUUCCUAAACACUGCGAUAACAAUGAAGUUCUCAAAGCUCUCUGUAAUGAAGCUGGUUGGACCGUUGAACCUGAUGGCACAACGUAUCGUAAGGGAUGCAAGCCUGUUGAACGCAUGGAUGUGGUAGGUGGUUCUGCAAUGGGAAGUCCGUGUUCAUCUUACCAUCCAAGCCCAUGUGCUUCCUACAACCCAAGUCCUGGCUCUUCUUCAUUCCCUAGCCCGCGCUCAUCCCAUGCUGUAACUCCUAAUGGUGAUGCCAAUUCCCUUAUUCCUUGGCUCAAAAACCUCUCAUCUGGAUCAUCAUCAGCAUCCUCUUCCAAGCAUCCACAGCUAUUCAUUCAUACCGGCUCCAUCAGUGCUCCUGUCACUCCUCCACUUAGCUCUCCAACUGCACGAUCAUCCCAGGCGAAAGCUGACAUCUGGGAGGAUCAAUCCAUUCGUCCUGGGUGGGGCGGGCAGCAGAACCCUUUCCUGCCCUCAUCCACUCCUCCGAGCCCUGGUCGCCAAGUUCUCGACCCAGAUUGGUUUGCUGGGAUUAGAAUGCCCCAGUGUGGGCCAACUUCGCCUACCUUUAGCCUAGUCGCCACUAAUCCAUUUGGAUUCAGGGAAGAGGUUUUCUGUGGCAGUGAUUCCCGCAUGUGGACACCUGGACAAAGUGGGACAUGUUCUCCAGCUAUAGCUGCAGGCUCUGAUCAUACUGCUGACAUACCGAUGGCUGAAUCUAUUUCAGACGAAUUUGCCUUUGGUUUGGUGAAGCCUUGGGAAGGAGAAAGGAUUCAUGAAGAUAGCGGAUCAGACGAUUUAGAGCUCACUCUUGGCAGUUCAAAGACCAGGUAAAGUGCUGCACAAAUGAGCUAUCCAACAAAAAAAGGUGCUGGAUAAAUGAAUAGUCAGUGGUCCCCUCAAUAUGAAAUUCGACUCUGUUUGUUCUAUUCUGUAGAAAGGUUAGAGAAGGGAAUUAAGGUUAUGAAAGAGAGCAAUUUUGCUCUUCCAUUUUAUUAUAUUCUUUUAUUUUCUCUAAGGUCUUAUUUGUUCCUAAGUUAUAUAUAUAAACUUUAGUUAGGUGUGGGGUGGUUUUGCAACCCUUUCAUUUGAUUAGUGACUCAGUCUUGUUAAACCUUUAAAUAUUAUUGGAAAGAUUAAUAUACCUGUAUGAAUUUGGUUGGUUUUUA